AUGGCCGGCUACCAUCCCUCCACCCCCUGGCCCUCAAACCUGGCAGAAUUCGACCUCGAAGCCGACAUUCUCGUCGAGCAAUCCUUCGACUCCCGCACCCCUCAACUGUCUCCAGCUGCUUACGAUGACCGAAGCUUCGGUCCGGUGAUGGGAACGUUACCGAAAGCCGUUGCUGGGGAGGAGAGUCAGCCGGCGGAUGAGGUUGAGAAUGCCCGUGAUGAUCCUUUUGUGACUUUGCCUUUGACGGGGGAGCGGCCGAGUAGAGCAUCGGACCCGGUGGAGGAUGGGGAGGCGAAGGUGAAGGCUGUGGAUGCGGCUCCGAUGAGAGCAAAAUUGAAGGAUGGGAAUGAGGGGACUACGAUGAGGUUACCCAUCAGGGGGAAGAGGCCGUGA